CUCCGCUGUCACAUCGCCGUAUAGCUGAUCCGAACACGAACCCCCCACCCCCCGGAGGAGGACGAUACACGAAGCCGUUUCUCAUCGCGUUGUCUGCCCAGCAUGAAGGCCAUCAGUCCCGUGCGCUCGGUGAGGAGCUGCUACAAGGCCGUGUGCUGCAUCUCGGAGCAGAGCCUGGCCAUCGGCCGGAAUAAACACCCGUGCGUGGACGAGUCCGUGAGCGCGCUGUGCGACAUGAACGACUGCUACUCCAAGCUGAAGGAGCUGGUGUGCAUCCCGCAGAACAAGUCGGUGAGCCAGGUGGAGAUCCUGCAGCACGUCAUCGACUACAUCUUCGACCUGCAGAUCGCGCUGGAGGCGGAGGACGCGUCUGCGCCGGAGAUGGUUCUAUCCAUAAAGGCUGCGGACAUUACUCACAAUUUCUCCAAAGAAGAAGAGCGAUUGUGCCACUAGGAUGAGGACGGAACAUUACUGGUGCAGGGAAACACAUGUCUCCACUUCACUCCGGGCAAGAGGACAAGAGGGGUAGAAAAAAAAGAAAGAAAGAAAGAAAGAAAAAGGAAAGAGGGGGGAGGAGGGAGGAGGAGGAGGAGGUGGGAAAGGUAUUUGGAAAAGAAGAAGAAGACAAGAAGAGGAGGGCUUAGAGGAGGAAGAAAAAAAGAAAACAUUGAACUGUUUCUGAGAUGAACGGGAUCAGCGGUGGUAGUGCAUGAGCGAGGAGACAGAGACUCAUUCUCUGGCUCCUGGACAGAUGAGAUCAACACACCAAAGCAGAGGAAUUGGAACUGAAACCGACGUGCACGUCUUCCCUGCAAACAAUGCAGCUCCUUUUAGGAGAAGGGACAUAUUUAUCAUUUUCUUUUCUUCUUCUUUUUGUUAAAAUCUUUAAAUGCAUUCCAAAAAAAAAACACCAAUUCCCAUCUGAAAUGAUCUGCGCCAAGUCUUCACCUCACUUAAGAACCCCCCCACCCCUAACCCCUCCAAACAGAUUGCUUGUCUGUUGAAGCAUAUGUACAUAUCUGCUGUGGGUUUGUAAGAUGUCAGUCAUUUUUGGAUGUUUUUUUUUUUUUUUAAUGGGACUUUUAGCUGAUAUAUUCUAAACUCUAUAAUAGAGUUUAUUAUAACUGUUUGUAGGGAUUGUCUUAUUUCUACGGACAACAUGCUGUGAGUUUCAUAAACUCUUUAUUUGAAAAGUUUUAAUUUGUAUCUAUGUUAUGAAAUAAAAGAAAAGACGUGAA